UCGGAGAUCGCCCGUGUCACAAAAUUCCACCUUCGAUUCGACGACACUGACUUGAGGCUCCGUGUACUGUACCUUUUUUGUUGUCCCUCUUUGUCACCAUACGAGGGUACUGGCAUCAAAACCAUGUCCUUCAAAUCCACGGGGCCCAAAACACGACCAGAUCCUGUGAAACCGCCUCAACAAGCUGCAGCAACAACCAAUCCCAUUGCCACAGGCCCAUUGCCUCCGUCAUGGACAAAACAAUCCCGUCGGUCCUCUUCCUCGUCGACCUCCUCCUCCUCCAUCGCCUCCUUCCACUCGGCCCGUUUCCCAGCGGAUGAAGAGUCCCGCAUGCUCGCUUCUUCCCACGAGCUCAAAUCUCAAGCAAACACGCAAUUCUCACGACAAGACUUUUCGUCCGCGAUCAGCACCUACGACCGAGCACUGGCAGAGUUGCCGAGCUACUUGGACUAUGAAAUGGCCGUGCUCCAAUCCAACAUCGCAGCGUGUCACCUGAAACUCAGCCAGUGGAAAGACGCAGUCGAGAGUUGUGACAAGGGUCUAGAAGGGUUGGAACGAGAACUGCCCACCAAACCUAAACCCAAGUCAAAAUCGCAGAACAAGAACAAAACCAAGACAAAGGACCACGAGGACCGGGAUUCGAGAUCAAACGAGAAGGGGAGCAAAGGAAACAACUCCACAAAACCGGGCAGGUUGAAUUCAGACACCGAGUCUUCGGGUUCUGAACCGCCCUCGCCCACGGUCCGGUCGGCACGAGACGAAGACACGACGGUGGUCGAGAUACCUGACGAGGCCGACGAAUCCGAGGUCCUUGCCGCCCUCUCUCUCAGCGACGGACGCAGAUCCGACAUUCACCGCAUCAGGACCAAGUUACUCCUCCGUCGAGGUCGGGCCAGGACCAACGUGGAACCCCAGACGUGGACCGACCUUUCCGCGGCGCUGGAAGAUUACAAGACGCUCCAGUCGCCACAAUAUUUCGACACCCUACCUCCGUCGGACCAAAGGACCGUCCGCCAGGCUUUGGUCGUUCUCCCCCCCCAGGUCAACCGAGCGAAAGAAAAAGAGGUGGCCGACAUGAUGGGCAAACUGAAAGACUUGGGCAACGGCAUCCUCAAACCUUUUGGUCUGAGCACGGAAAAUUUCAAAGUCACCCAGGGCGAAGGGGGAGGGUACAGUUUGAGCUUUGACGGGGGUGGUGGUGGUGGUGGUGGUGCCAAAAAGACCUGAAGUUUGCAUUUCUAUUUUUUGGCUUCGUCGCUUUUUAUGGGGGAGGAUCAAUGAACUGGUUGAUCGAUCUUCCAACCUUGCAUUACAGUCUACAGUCUCACAGGUUACAGCAUUACCCCCCAAAAAAUCCAGCGUUCGACAGAGUUGCAAGUCACCAUAAAGACCAAAGAACCAAGGCUUGGUCCAGGCCGGUUGCCGGAGCAGAGUGUAUUGGAGUGGGAUUGGAUAGGAACCGUGGCGUGUCAUUUUGUACCCUCUCUACCUGUACUAACAAAAGAGUGAUGACUUGAUGAUUAACAAUGACAAUGACGAAUACAAUGAAUCUAAGAUCAUGGGUUACCAAGAUGCCACGGAGAGGCAAGGGCAGUAGCAUUCCAUCGACUUCACCUUUGUUGUUAGCAUAAUAUAGACCGACAUAUG